CAUUCGACAAAAGGCAAAACAAAAAGUGUUCUGAAACGGGGAGUUACCGCAGCCCCCCUACUCGCGGACGGAUGCUGAGCGAGAAGGUCGUCCCAGAACGGGAACCCCUAUUGAUCGCAAACAUGAAAUGGCGAGAUUCUGCAAAAAGAGUGUUUACAAUCCGACAAAAAGGCAAAAUAAAAGCCAAUCCAGCAAAAGGGCAAAACAAAAAGUGUUCCGAAACGGGGAAUUGAACCCCGGUCUCCCCGGCACUAUCGUUUCUGAUGAUCUGAUGAGAGCGGGGUAUACUAGCCACUAUAUUGUUCAACUCUCAAUGGUGACAGUAUUGCUAUGUUGAUAUGGAUAGCAUCGUUCUAGCUUUCGAUGUUGGGAGCUUA